AUGGAUCCUCGAUUUGAAUUUCAUUUUAGUCAAUUAUUUCAAGCAUUUAUUAGGUUUUUUGUUUCUAUUAAUCAAAUUUAUUUUCAAACAAAUUUAAUUCAACAACAAACAUCACCAAAUUUAAUUGAUAUUGAAUCACUUAAAGACUUGAUUUAUACACCAAAAUUUAAAGGAUUUAAAUAUAUUAAUGAUUAUCUUUCAAAAAAUCGAUAUAUAAAUAAACAUGAAUUUUUUUUGAAAUCUAAUGAAAUCAGACAAAUUAAUAUGACCCACAAAUACACCUAUGGUUCAACAAUAAAAAAAAUUAAUAUUGCGAUUGAUGAACUAACGGCUGUAGGAAAAACAACUGUUGGAUCUGCUUUAGCAAACAACACAGAAAAUAAUUUAAAGACAAUUGAAAUAUUUAAAAAGAAUGUAACAGAAAAUGAUAAGCUAUUCGAAUCAAUAACUGAAAUAAUCAAUUCACUUGGUAAUAAAGAUUAUUAUUUGAGUGGGGAGGAAGGUGCAAAAAUAUCAAAAAAUCAAGAAGCACAUGAAAUUAUUAAUCAAUAUAUACGUCAAAUUACAAAAGAAAAAGAAUUUGUGGUUGUUGGAAAGAAUGCGACUUUUAACAUUUUACCUGAUACUGAGAUUAAAAUUGUGUUAUCUGCCAAUAUUGAUAUUAGGGUUCAACAUUGUUCACUUCAAAUUAAUUUAACAGAUAUUAAGAAUAUUUUCACAGAUAUUCUUUAUCGUGAUUAUUUUUCUUUUAAACAACUUGAGCAAGCAAAAAAGGUCUCUACAAUAAUUAAUACAACAAAUAAUAAUUAUUCCGAAGUCACUAAUAAGAUUUUUUCUAUUAUUCGUAAGAAAUCAUUAACAACAAAUGCUAAAUUUAUUUUAAAAUAUUCUUUGAUUUUCUUGGUAUUUUUCUUAUCAUAUUUAUUAAAUAAACAACAAUAA